AUGGCAGUGAUAUAGUUCAGUUUGCAUUUUUUGGAGUUUAAGUACUAUGUUGAGUGGAUUUGCUAAUCAAAUAUGGCUUUUGUUUGUUUCAAGAAUAUUCCUAGGGUUCUUUCAGAGUGCCUAUGGAGAGGAAGUUUUAUUGUGAUAGGAGGAGUUGGCUUUGUAUUUGGAAUUAUUGGAUUAAGUUUUAUUAAAGAACCAAAAAGAGGGAGAUUUGAUGUUAAUGUUGGAGAUAAGCCCAAACAAACUGGAAAAGGUUUAGUUUAAAAAUAUUUGAUAGCUUUUACUGAAAUUUUCAAGAAUAAAUGUUCAAGAUGGAUCAUUAUUGCAGGAUGUUUGAGAUUUUGGGCAGGAAAUGCUAAUGAUUUUUCAUAUUUAAACGCUCUAGCAUUGCUCUUAGGAGGAAUAAUUUCAAAUUUAAUAACUGGUUAUCUUUCUGAUAAAUACGAUGACAAAAAUUCAAUGGCUAAAACAUAUCUUUGCAUAUUUGGAACUUUGAUGGCAAUUCCUACCACUUUAGGUGUUUUCUUGAUUACUAGUAAUUUUUAUGUUGCUAUGAGCUUUUUAUUUUUGAAGUAUUCUCUGAGUGAAGGUUGGAUCUCCCCAUCAAUUUCAAUGAUAUAAACUGUAAUUGAUUCAUCUGUAAAAGGGGUAGCAAUAUCAGUAUUUCUGUUCACAACUACUAUAAGUGGGACAAUAGCGACAGUAGUUAUUGAUCAAUUAAUAGAUGCUUUUGAUGCAUACAAUCACUUGGAAAGACUAGGAUACAUAAUGGUUGCAAAUUGUUGCAUUCCCUACAUUACUGCUAUUCCAUGUUUCUAUAUUGCAGGUAAAAAUUAUGAGGAGUUCAAAAAGUGUCUCCAUUACUGCAAGUCAACAACUCUUGAAAGAAUAAAAUUAGAGGAGUUCAAGAAUUAUUAGGUGAUAAAUAGAGAAAAUUAAAAAGUUAUGGUAAAGAGAUCAAGAAUAGGAAAAGAUGAAUUAUAUAAGGUGCCUGAAUAAGCAGAAUAUGAAAGUAAUUUAUUGAUUGAGGAUUAGCAAGAAUAAAGCUGA